UUCUCAUCAAAGUUAUGAGCCAAAACAAAUGAUCAGGUUACACCUGUUUGGCUUCCACUACCCUGGAAACCGAUGGACUCCAUUUUCCUCAGCUUAAAGCACCUGUUCUGCUCAGGGAAAUUACCUGAUCAACUGGUGAUUUUUUAAAUUGACUGAGCAGCAGACUGGAUUUUCUUCCUAAUCUCCACAUCUGUGUCAAGAGAAUCUUGCCUUCUUUUGAACCUGAGUCAUGAGCUGGAUAUUCCUCAGAGACCUUCUCAGUGGAGUAAAUAAAUACUCCACGGGGAUUGGGCGGAUCUGGCUGGCGGUUGUGUUCAUCUUCCGUUUGCUGGUCUACAUGGUGGCAGCAGAGCACGUGUGGAAAGAUGAGCAGAAAGAGUUUGAGUGCAACAUUAGACAGCCUGGUUGUGAAAAUGUGUGUUUUGACUACUUCUUCCCCAUCUCCCAGGUCAGACUUUGGGCCGUACAACUGAUCAUGGUCUCCACGCCUUCACUUCUGGUGGUGCUACACGUAGCCUAUCGCCAGGGCCGAGAGAAAAGGCACAGGAAGAAACUCUAUGUCAGCCCAGGUACCAUGGAUGGGGGCCUGUGGUACACUUACUUUAUCAGCCUUGUUGUUAAAAUUGGUUUUGAAAUUGGCUUCCUGGUUUUAUUUUACAAGCUAUAUGGUGGCUUUAGUGUUCCCUACCUUAUGAAGUGUGAUUUGCAGCCUUGUCCCAACACUGUGGACUGCUUCAUCUCCAAACCUACCGAGAAAACAAUUUUCAUCCUCUUCUUGGUCAUUACUUCAUGCUUGUGCGUUGUGUUGAAUUUCACUGAACUGAGCUUUCUGGUUCUCAAGUGCUUCAUUAAGUGUUGUCUCCAAAAAUACUCUAAAGGACUCAAGUCCUCGGUGUGUGAUUGUCACAACCUCAGCUAUGUUAAAUGCAGUGAGGUAGGGGCCCCUGCCCUGCUCCAGAAGCACCACGUAGACUCAGCCCUGAGCACACCCCAGAGAGGUGAAACACAAGAGGGUUAAACAAAGAACACUCGCAUCCCUCUUAAGCAAGACCUGGGCUUCCUUGGAAAACAAAAGGGUGCCAGCCUCACUCGGAAUUUUUUUUUAAUGUUUAAUAUGUGCUCAGUUGCAUAUACUAGACAGAGGUCUCAUUGUUUGGUUGUAGGGUUCAUGUGGGUACAUGAGUUGUGUUUGAAUAGUUAACUGAAAAUUAGUCUGAAGAAAUCCAAUUAACAGCAUUCCUUUAAGUGCUUAGAUCUGUCAACUGGAAAAUAUAACAAGUGACACUUCUGACAAAUGUGACAGCCUCCAAGCAACAACUGAGACACUGGUAACCUUUCCAAAGUGGCAGCCAAGACUCCACUCACUCAGGCCUACUCAGUCUUUGUAGAGAAAAACUAUGACACAGUUUGGGCAGCAGCUAACCAGCAGCACAUAGGAGCCCAUUAAGUAAGAAGGUCCAGCCUGGGGAAGAGACCACAGAGCCCAGGACUCUCCACAGGGCCAGCGUCCUCGGAUGCAUGUGGAUGUGGGGAGAGGGACGUAAGCCACCAUUUAGGGGUCUCCAACUUAAAUACAAAUACUCCUUGGAGUUAUCUCACUUAAGCCUGAACUAGCAGACAUUUAAAAUUGUCACUCUAGGGUCAUGAGGGGGGGCAGGUCCCACAGAAAGCAGCACAUUGACAGGGUGCAGGGGAGGAUCCAGAAAAAGAACAUGCCCACCUGAGAAUUACUGAACACUUACCUUUAAUCAUAGGACAUUGCAAUACUUUGUAAACUUCCAUAUUGUUGGACCUUACAGUCAGGAAUUCACAGUGUACUCUACACUAUGUUACAGUUUGCCUACAAUUUACUAGUACAUCUCCCUCUAGAAUAGAUAAUAAAAUGUGUACUAUGCUGUUACAUUGAUGCAAAAAAUGUAAAAAGAAAAGAUGUGUUUAUUAUCACUUGCUUGGAAGACUACAGCUUUCUUUUACUUUCCUGUUUUUAAAAAUGCCAGAUAUAGUCUCUUUGUACUUGAUAGCUCUAACAUAUGUGCCUUUUUCCAGAAUAAAAAUGAAGUGGUUUUGUGGUAUUA